AUGCUACCAGCUGAUCGAGCCUUGACUUCACGUCUGCUCCCCCGUGCCUGGACGGCGAGACGCCCCACCAUUAGCACACGGUGCAGGUCUGUGAAAGCUACGGACGAGAAAUGGACAAUCAGGGAGCCACUCAUAAAGGGUCGCCUUAGGAUCUUGACUCGGCAGCCGGACAUCAAAUUUGCGGAUGCUGCCACGAGAUCUAAACUCCUCAAGACAGAGACUUUUAUACCAUGGCUUAUUACUCGACUCCAGAUUCUAGUCGCGAAAUCUACUGAUGCAGGAUUUGUAACUUUUGCCAGGAAUCUUAUAGAUAUCUUACCGCGGAGGUCUAUUUGGACAGCCCUGGAAACCCAAGAUGUUCAACUUCCUUCACAAUCGGAAUGGCAACCUUCAGAACAGUCAAGACCUGUGUCGCUUCUUAGAUCUCUGCGACAAGCUUUCAUGUCCAAUGGAGAGUCAGGAGUGGACACUCAGCUCAAAUACUCCUAUCAUGGCCUCCUAGCAAGUCAGAAGUUCUCGAAGGUUGAUAUCGAGAAUCAGGAAAAGCUUGCCGAUCUACGUUAUCCAGUGGAAUGGUAUCCAGCAACGCGGGUAGUCCAAAGGAAGAUAGUUCUGCACGUCGGACCCACAAACUCCGGCAAAACCUACCAUGCUUUGAAACGACUCGAGCAGGCGGACACCGGGAUAUACGCAGGACCUUUGCGGCUCCUGGCCCAUGAAGUCUAUACCAGGCUGAACGCGAAAGGAAAACUCUGUGAUCUCAUCACUGGCGACGAAAAAGUCGUGCAAGGGGGUGAUGGAGCACAAAUGAAAAGCUGUACUGUCGAGAUGGUGCCUCUGAAUACAGAUGUCGAUGUAGCAGUCGUUGAUGAGAUUCAGAUGAUAGGUCACAAGGAGCGAGGAUGGGCCUGGACGCAAGCACUUCUUGGUCUCAAAGCGAAAGAGAUCCAUCUGUGUGGUGAGGAGCGAAGUGUGCCUCUGAUCAAGGAGCUUGCAGCAUCGAUGGGAGACGAAAUCGAGAUUCACACGUACAAACGACUAAGCCCACUUAAAACAAUGUCGACAAGCCUACGGCGCCGGCUGAGUGACCUCAGGAAAGGAGACUGUGUGGUGGUAUUCUCGCGCGUUGGAAUACAUGCGAUGAAGAAAGAGAUUGAAAACGUGACCCAAAAGCGAGUAGCUGUUGUCUACGGGAGCUUGCCUCCAGAAAUAAGAGCACAACAGGCCAAACUUUUCAACGAUCCCGACAAUGAAUAUGAUAUUCUGGUGGCUAGUGACGCUAUUGGCAUGGGGUUGAAUUUGGCUAUCAAGCGCGUAAUAUUCGAGUCUGUGUCCAAGUUCAACGGAUCCCAUUUCGCGGUUAUCGAAGCUGCCCAUAUUAAGCAAAUUGCUGGCCGUGCAGGUCGCUACCGCACGGCAGCACAAGCAGAAGGCCCGGCCGGAAAUUCGCUUGAAGACAUAGAAAAUCCAAAGAUGUCGUGGAGUAUGCCAGCACCAAACCUAGGACUAGUUACCACUCUCGAAGAAGCAGAUCUUCCGAUUCUCCGUAAAGCCAUGCAAGAGGAGUUGGACCCCAUCAUGAGUGCAGGUAUCUUUCCUCCAACGAGCGUUCUUCUAAAAUUUGCAACCUAUUUUUCUCCAUCGACAAGCUUCAGUUACAUCUUGCUACGGCUCCACGAGCUCUCACUCAGACAUCCAAGGUAUCACUUGUGCGUUCUGAAGGACCAAAUCGCUAUUGCAGACACUAUUCAGCCUGUCCAAAACCUGAGCAUCCACGACCGCAUUGUAUUUUGCGCUGCUCCUGCCACAGUCAAGAAUACAGGCAUGCCCGCUAUUCUUGCAGCCUUCGCUAGAUGCGUUGGAGAUAAUUCCAGUGGAGCUCUACUUGAUAUACUCGAAAUACCUUUGGACAUAUUGGAUGAAGACAUCAGACCUGACAGAGCCUACAUGGAACGGUUGGAAUCUCUACACAAGGCCUUGAUCCUCUACCUAUGGCUAAGCUACCGGUUUGCUGGAGUGUUCAUCAAUCAAGCGAUGGCCUUUCAUGUCAAGAGACUCGUAGAGGAGAGAAUCGAUAAGAUGCUGGCGGAAUACUCGUCUAGUCCUGCCAUAAGAGAGAGUAUCAAGAAAAUGAGGGAGGAGGCCUUACGUCAGAUCAGCAAGCUUAAUGAACCAGUUGCUGAGUCUGACGACUCUAGCGUUCAGAUGAAGUUGCCAGAUGCUCCGUUCCUACCCGAGGGCGCAUCUGAUCAGGAGCAAAGUUCCCAACAGAAGGACGCUCGACUUGAAGAAAGAUUGCGGAACAUGGAAGUUGCAUCUGGGGAUAUUCAAAGUGUCGCUUCGCCUUGA